ACUUGAUUCCACCACUCACCAUGUCUGAGACCAAGCAGCUUACUGUUGAGCAGACGCCGCUCCAGGAGUGGUCGCAGUGGAUCUGGAAGCACUCGAAGGUCGCUGCGCUCCAGCUUGGGCGCUACGCAUGGAUUGUGGGCUCGUCGUUUGUAGUGGCCGUCGUCCCGCUCGCCAUCGAGCUCGAGCGUCAGACGGCAUUUGCUAUGAUGAACGGCUCAAUGGCGCCGCCGCAGCAGCCGAUGGCGUAGCUGGUCGGUAGCUAUCCAACCAACCACUUUGCACGUGGCGCGCUAGCCGAGCUUGCCGCCAUCGCCGGCGGCGAUGUUGCCGUCAGGCUCCCCCGUCUUGCGAUCCGCCAAGACGUCCAUGUGUCUCGGCGUGCAGACGGCAAGACAAUGUGCCUCGUCGUAGGAGCGAGGCGCAAGACGCCGAGGUGCCCAGCGGGCGAGGGCAUUUCCAGAGAAAGAAAACACAUCACCCCAUUGAGCGAGAAACCAGACCAGG